UAUGAAAGUAUAUAUUUAUGUAAAGUUAGGAAACGGCAGCAUCCGCUGCUCUUCCGGGGCGAGCACCAGUAGUUGAGCCUUUCAAAAUUUUAAAGCAUGUGGUAAUUUUCCCGCUCGCUUCCUUCCAAAGCCACAGCAAACAUUUCUCGAAACACAGCAGAACUCAUCGUUCUCUGGAAGCGAGAGAAAUGGAGGUUGCCAUCACCGCUUUCUGCCAAUCUCUCGCUUCCUUCUGCCACCACGUCCAGUCCUCCUCUCAAGCCCUCUCCGAUUCCAUCCAAAGGCGCCCCAUCCCUCUCGAUUCGGCGGCCUCCGCCUUCUUACAAUGCGUCGAUCGCCGUAUCUCCUCCACCAGCACCGAUCUCAACCUGCUCGAGUCCAUGGCCUUCGGCACUGUCUCCUUCGAGGAGCUCCUCGGCCACUGCAACGAGGUCUACAAGACCAACCAAAAGUACAUCUCCGAUCUUCAGGACCGCAUGCGUCUCUUCGGUUACGUUCCCGAAAUGGAGUCGGAUGACGAAGGUUGGGAUGCGGACUCCGGCAUAGAUUCAAAGUUUAUGAGCCCAGUUAACAAUGGGGUGGAUAAGUUUCCUGUUGCUUGUGGCUCGGUUUCUGUAGCACGAUCAAACAGGAAGAGGCUCGAGGAAGAUUCUUUAUUUGAGGACUCCAUCUCAUUACAGAGUCUUGGCCUUUCAGAUGCUUGUCUUGCCACUUUAGCCUCUGAAGGUAAUGACUACACUGCAAGCCCAAUGAUAUCUUCGCAACAUUUGAUAAGUCCUAAUGACAGAGAACAGCAUGCAGAGGCAACACCAUUUGAAACUCCAAAGGAAGUUUUCAGUCCUUCAGGACUUGCAGGUGAUAGUAAAACAAUGAUAAAGACCUCCAGGGAUGAUUAUGAUAGCCUUCCUCCCUACAUGAAAAGUCUAGCAUCAUGGGAGGAACUCCAGGAAGCUGUUGUCAAGAUGAAUUCAUACCUUUGUAAGGACAGAGCAAAGAGUAAUGAUGCAUUUAACCAAGAUGAUCUUGAGACAAUGGGGCUUGGGCGCAAGGGAAGAUCUUACUUGUUGCUGCUAUUACGGAUGAAUCAGUUAGUUGUGGAGACUGUUGACGGCUGCAUUUUUUAUCGCAUCCAUGUUUAGCUCAUCGAUUAAAGGUUGUCCUUCUUUGACAAAUUCAAAUGAAUCAUGUUAUGUGUGUCAAGUUCUUAUUUCAAGCAUUGGACAAGAAUUUCCAUCUCUACAUGUAUAUCAAGGGUCUGUCUAUAGCUAGAAAAUGAAGUCGAAAACCAAUAUGUACUGCACAUUCAUUAAACUCUUGUUUCUAGCGAAGAUCAAGUUGAUGUGUUUCAAAAACAGGGAUAUGAGUUCUGUUUGCAGAUGGAGCAUAUUUGCAAACUGCCUGUCAUGUUGUUAAGAUUUCAGUGUAAACCUGUCUCUGGAAACUCAAAGCAUCCAUAUGAAGACUGAAGUUUGUUUUUCUUUAAGUUGUGAGUUAUUCAUUUUUAAUUAAAACUGCUUGAACCUGUUUGGUUUUCCUGUCAUGUUGUUACGAUUUUGGUGUAAACCUGUCUUUUGAAACUCAGAGCAACCAUAUGAAUACUUAAGUUCGGUUAUCUUUAA